UCUUCCCGCAACUCUCCGACCUAUCCAGGACGCCGGCGCUCACCAUACGAUCUAGUAGCCACGAAGACGGAGAACAAAACGGCUCCCUCCUCUUCUUCCGAAGCCCUCCUCCUCUCCGUCCUUGACCGACUGUUCCAUCCUCCCUAGGAGUAGCUUGUACGUAAACGAACAAAACAUCGCCGGGCCUUGAACAACGUAGUGGUAGGCUUCAGUGCCUAUUCUUGCUUGGGUGGUUCGAUUAUUAAGUUUUGGGAUCGCGAAGCUAUCUUGAACAUUUAUUCCGAGGAUCUUUUGAAACCUAAUACUCGACAAAGGACAAUGGGAAACCAAGCGUCGAAAGAGGGAGGAAACUCCAAGAGCUCUGGCGGCGCAUCCGGCGACCGCGCCGAGCACCUGCAAUCAUAUCCCUCCUUUGGAAAGUCCGAGACCAAGGAAUCUACCCGCUCAUUUUCCAAAAACCUCCGAUCCAAGAUACCCGGUGGUGGGAAGACAGACAGCCCACGAAGCUCGGCGAUUAUCUCUAACGGAGAUGCCCUCGACAAGUCGGAUGCGGCGUCGGUAAAGUCAGCGCGAAGUAGUAGAUCGAGAACGAGCCGUGCUGAUUCGCUCGCUUCUCCGUCCUCCCCAACAACACCGGAUAUAGCGAAUCUGCGACUUGAAGAUUCGCAACCGCCUCCUUCUCCCGUUCAAUCCGCCUCCAUCAGAGCUGGCCACGGCGAUAUCAACGCCGCCCAAGCUUCGGGUGAGGUGGAUCAUGUGUCAGACCAACCCCCUUCUGGGGUUGUGAACCCGAAUCCACACAUACAACAGCAACCUGGCGCACCUAUUUUGGUUAAGAAGGAGAAUACUAUUAACCCAAUUAUAUCGAUGCCCGGGUCCUCCUCAAAAGAUGACUCGCCUGCCGGGGUUGCUAUGAGCGACAUCAAAGAUAUUGAUCUUGAUGAUUUCAUUAAGCGACUUCUGGAUGCUGCUUACGCUGGGAAGGUAACGAAGAGCGUCUGUCUCAAGAACGCCGAAAUCGUCGCCAUUUGCCAGAGAGCUCGCGAAUGUUUCCUUACCCAGCCUGCAUUGCUAGAGCUUGAUGCGCCGGUCAAGAUCGUCGGCGACGUCCACGGCCAGUACACGGACCUUAUCCGUAUGUUCGAGAUGUGCGGAUUCCCGCCAAGCGCAAACUACCUCUUCCUUGGCGACUAUGUCGAUAGAGGCAAGCAGUCUUUGGAGACCAUCUUGCUCCUGCUGUGCUACAAGCUUAAAUACCCCGAGAACUUCUUCCUCCUCCGAGGAAACCACGAAUGCGCCAAUGUGACGAGGGUAUAUGGGUUCUACGACGAAUGCAAGCGGAGGUGUAACGUUAAGAUUUGGAAGACGUUUAUCGAUUGCUUUAAUACGCUUCCAAUCGCUGCUAUAGUUGCGGGGAAGAUCUUUUGUGUUCACGGAGGCCUGUCUCCGGCGCUGAGUCACAUGGAUGAUAUUCGCAACAUCGCUCGUCCUACCGACGUUCCAGAUUACGGCUUGCUUAACGACUUACUCUGGUCUGACCCCGCCGACAUGGAAGCGGAUUGGGAAGCCAACGAAAGGGGUGUUAGUUACUGCUUUGGGAAGAAGGUCAUCACGGAUUUCCUUGCGACCCACGAUUUUGAUCUAGUCUGCCGAGCACACAUGGUCGUCGAAGACGGUUACGAAUUUUUUAAUGAUAGGGUUCUAGUCACUGUCUUCAGCGCGCCAAACUACUGCGGCGAAUUCGACAACUGGGGAGCUGUUAUGUCCGUCUCUUCGGAGCUUUUAUGUAGCUUCGAACUUCUGAAACCGCUCGACUCUUCCGCACUCAAGAGCCACAUUAAGAAGGGCAGGAAUAAGCGGAACAACAUGUUGAACAGCCCGGUAUGUUAGCCUACGUUUAAAAGGAUGCAUACCAAUUAUAACUAACUUUUCUCUUCUAGCCUGCUAGCGUGUAUCCCCAGAGUGUGUAGAGACUCUUCUGAAGGGUCGCGUAUACGAGGGCCCUUUGCGAGACUAUUAUAUGGACAAAUUCAUUUCGCGCGAAAACGAAAUUGAACCCAAAACUCCUAUACUAUGGACCAGAGACGCAUCUUUAGGCCUGCAGGCCUUCUCUCGCCUCGAAUAGUUUCACCCUUAGAAGAAUGCUAAGAAGUGCGAUGCGCAAGGGAGGGGACCUAGCUUAAC